UCCCACCCCCUCUCCCGGCAUGUCCCUUCUCCCCCACCCACUUCGUCCGCCGUGAGCUGCUUGAGAACCAAUGAUUUGUAUUGCCAAGCCCCUCGUGGUUGCUGGCGGUGCAGUUGUAGCCCGGUGGGUGCCAGGAUCAGAGAAGGGCAGGCGGGGGACAGCGGGGCAUAGCUUUGGAAUUGGACCAACUUCUGUGUGGGGAGAGAGCCGGAGGUGAAAGUGGCCCGGUACGGGCCGGUACAGCAUAGCGUACAGAAAUAAGACUGAUAGUGGCAUUGCAAGCUUCCCUGAACCACUACCUUGUCAGCUGUAUCAACCCUACUCUGGAGAUCCUUCUUGGAGAAGUGAAAGGAUUCUGUGUCCAUGCAGUAGCUGAAAAAUGAACGGACAUUCCUACUGACACCUGGUUGGAUAGCUGUAGACAGUGCAUUGCUGAGGAAGCAAGCUCGUGGCUGUGAUAUUCCAUUGCAGUCAUGGCGCCUAAAAAGAAGAAUGUCAAAAAGAACAAAGGCGAUAUCAAUGAGAUGACUAUAAUUGUGGAGGAUGGCCCCCUAAAUAAACUAAAUGGCUUGAAUGGCUUCUUAGAUGGAGGGAAUGGCUUCAGCUGCAUCUCAGCUGAGGUUUCUGAUUCUUCUUAUAGCCCAAAUCUCUUGGAAGGGCUAAGCAGAAUGAGGCAGGAAAAUUUUCUUUGUGACUUGAUUAUUGGUACCAAAACCAAAUCCUUCAAUGUUCACAAGGUGGUGAUGGCUUCAUGCAGCGACUACUUUCAUAACAUCUUAAAGAAAGAUCCAUCUACUCAAAGAGUGGAUCUCAAUGAUGUAUCCCCAUUGGGCCUAGCCACUGUUAUCACCUAUGCUUACACUGGAAAGCUAACUCUUUCACUCUACACAAUAGGUAGUAUCAUUUCCACAGCAGUCUAUCUUCAGAUUCACACCCUUGUAAAGAUGUGCUCUGAUUUUUUGAUGCAAGAAAUCAAUGUGGAGAACUGCAUGUAUAUUGCCAAUAUUGCAGAGACAUAUGGACUAAAAAACACCAAGGAAGCAGCACAGAAAUUUAUUAGAGACAACUUCAUUGAGUUUUCAGAAACAGAUCAGUUCUUAAAACUUACUUUUGAUCAAAUCAAUGAACUCCUUGCAGAUGACGACUUGCAGUUGCCUUCUGAAAUUGCUGCAUUCCAGAUAGCAAUAAAAUGGCUGGAAUUUGACCAAAAAAGAGCAAAGUAUGCUGCAGAUCUCUUGGGCAACAUUCGUUUUGGUACAAUCUCUGCUCAAGACUUGGUCAAUUAUGUUCAAACUGUACCCAGAAUGAUGCAAGACACAGACUGCCACCGACUUCUAGUGGAUGCCAUGAACUACCACUUGCUUCCAUAUAAUCAGAAUACACUGCAGUCUAGAAGAACAAGGAUUCGUGGAGGUUUCAGAGUCCUAGUUACUGUUGGGGGACGCCCAGCAUUAACAGAAAAGUCCCUUAGCAGAGACAUCUUAUACAGAGAUCCUGAUAAUGGAUGGAAGAAGCUUACUGAAAUGCCUGCUAAAAGUUUUAACCAGUGUGUGACUGUGAUGGAUGGAUUUCUCUAUGUGGCUGGUGGUGAAGACCAGAAUGAUGCCAGGAACCAGGCCAAGCAUGCUGUCAGCAAUUUCUGCAGAUAUGAUCCUCGUUUCAACACAUGGAUUCACCUGGCCAACAUGAAUCAGAAGCGCACCCAUUUUAGCCUGAAUGUAUUCAAUGGCCUCCUUUUUGCAGUGGGUGGUCGCAACUCUGAAGGGUGUCUAUCCUCAGUUGAAUGCUAUGUGCCUGCAGUUAACCAGUGGCAAAUGAAGGCACCACUGGAGGUAGCAAGGUGCUGUCAUGCCAGUGCAGUCAUAGAUGGUAGAAUCCUGGUCACAGGAGGUUACAUAAAUAAUGCUUACUCCCGCUCUGUGUGUAUGUAUGACCCCAGCAAUGAUAGCUGGCAGGAUAAGUCCACCCUUAGCACUCCAAGAGGAUGGCACUGUGCUGUUUCCCUUGGGGAGAGGGUCUAUAUCAUGGGUGGGUCCCAACUGGGGGGUCGGGGUGAAAGGAUUGAUGUCCUCCCUGUUGAGUGCUACAAUCCUUAUGCUGGCCAGUGGAGCUAUGCUGCUCCCCUGCCAACUGGAGUGAGCACUGCAGGUGCUUCCACUCUUAAUGGGAAAAUUUACUUGGUGGGUGGCUGGAAUGAAAUAGAAAAGAAAUAUAAGAAGUGCAUUCAGUGCUAUAAUCCGGAUCUUAAUGAAUGGACUGAGGAAGAUGAGUUGCCUGAAGCCACAGUAGGAGUAUCUUGUUGUACCAUUGCCAUGCCCAAUAACAAAACCAGGGAAUCCAGGGCUAGCUCAGUAUCUUCUGUGCCAGUCAGUAUUUAAACAUUAUAAUUAGGUUUCAUCAAGAAUAAAUAAAAAACUUUUAUUUACACAGCUGUGUAGUUAACCCUUUAAGUAGCCUUCUCUGCUUAUGUGGGGUGGGAAAUUGCCAUUGUAAAAAUUUUAAUUUUACAAAACUGGCCAAUUUUCAUGAUCUUUAAAAUACAUGGUGUGAAAUAACAUCUUUAAGAUACAGUAAAUUUACUUAGUGGGAAUAUAAUGUUGUACCACAGUUAGAACAGGGACUCAGUCCUAUCCCCAACUUUGCCACUGACUUGCUGUGUUACUUUUGGCAAAUCACUUAACUUCUCUCUUCCUCUUUUUCCUCAUCUGUAAAAUGGGGAGAAUAAUCAACUAAUGUUUUUAAAGUGCUUUGAGACCUUGGCAUAAGAGGCACUAGGGAACAGCCAAGGAUUAUUAUUAAUAAAUCUUCAUAUAUUAGUAAUAUACCGUGGCAUCAUAAACUUGGUCACUUUUGUUCUCUUUAUAGAUUUUAUAUAUGGCGAAAGAUAUUUAACAAUUUAUUGCACAUAUCAAGUAUGAAAUAUAUAUUUUCCCCUCUAUGUAGUGAUGUCCACAAACAAGUCUUCAAAACUCUAUUUCCCUUACUGCAUUGUGAUUUAAGAUGUAGACAUUUAAUUUUUAUAGGUAGGUCUGUGACAGGGAUUUCAAGAGCCAAACUGCACAAAUACAGAAGCUUAUCUGUCCAUUAUGGGCCAGUCCUGAGGACCUUGCUCAGGGCACCAGGCUCCUCCACCCCCCUCCACACACACAAGGGAGCCUACAUCUCCAGAAGGGGAGAUUCCACCUCUGUUACAUACUCACUGGAAAUCACUCCAUGGGGACUUAGCAGUGUACAAGGUCAGCAGAGAUGGAAGGGGCAGGCCCAUCAAUAGUCCUGCUUCUACAGGUUCCCACCUGCAGAGGAAGAGGAACACACUAUAAGUUAAUAUACCCCAAGACUGUCUUCUGUGCUGUAAAAGAAACCCACCCUAGAGGUGUCCGGUGUAACCACCAUAUUGAGAAUCCCAGGAAGAACAACUGCUUGGAGCCAGACGUAGCUGCUGGUGUCAAAAGCAGAGUGGAUACAAAAAUAAUCUUUUCUGCUCAGUCCAACAAAUUCCGAUUGGAUUAAGGAAUAAGGACUGAGUAAAGGUCGCAGGAUUUGGCCCAAAGCAUAGUUAGGUGGGGAAUAGUGAGUUGUAAGGUAAAACUCUGGAUUGAAAUGGAAUAGGUUUUCCAGACUAUUAAUGAUGGGAUGUUUUGGUGCCUCCAUUACCAGUCACAGACACAGUAUCCCCAAAACUAAGCUUUUCUUGGCCUUACCUUUGUGUAUCAUAGAAGUGUAGGAUUGGAAAGGACCUCAACAGGUCAUCUAGUCCAGUCCCCUGCACUCAAGGCAGGACUAAUUAAUAACUAGAUCAUUCCUGAUACAGCUUCUUGUGCUGCCUUGAACACAGCUCUUUUUAUAAUGUGACUUUUUAUUGCAUUUUGCCAAAGACUUAGGGUGAAAUCUUGGCCCUGUGGAAGUCAAUGGAAGUAUUGCCAUAGCCUUCAGUGGGGCCUGGAUUUCAUCCUUACUCUCUAAGAACUGCUAUCUUGGUUGCAGCCCUGUGCAUGGGCAAUUAAGGAUGCAACUGCUGCUAAUUUUCAUUGCCAAUGGGACAUGCACACCCAAUUUCCUCUGCGAUGUGCCUAGAAUUGACAUCUAAAGAUCUGUUAUUAAUAAAGAUUUAUACACCCUUCAGCUGGGAGGAAAUAAGCAAUUAAAUGAACUACAAUGAUUAGGUAAGAACUCACUCAAACUGGAAGAACACACUCUUGUACAGAUUCAUACAGCCUUCACAUACAAUUUUCUCUGAAUACAAUGAACACCUCAAGGGGGCAGUGUCCAUUAGAAGGCAAAGUCAACGAGAAAGCAAUGUUUACUGGUCACCCAAGUGCUUUACCCCAAUCACAAAGGGAAUCCUUUCAAACUAUCUGCAAAUGCAGGAAUUCUUUGGCCAAGCAUUUGCAGCACUCUCAUAACCUGAGCAUUCUUUGGCAAGUAAAGUUAUAUAUUAAGCAUUGGCAAUUAACAUGAUAUUGUGUCAGAAAUCUGAGUUACAUAAAAAAGUGACUCACCCAGUCAACUGGGAUUAAACUGAGUUUUGCACAGUCCGGUUUUCCAUUUGGUCUAAUAUAGUUAAAGAUCAUGACUACAUCUUAAGUAAUUCCUAAUCCCCACAUUCUAUUUUUGAGUAUUGUGCAUUAUUAGGAUAUACUGCAUUGUACUGACUUACAGUCAGAAGUCUUAUUACAGUAGCGUUUUCACUGUGUCAGUAUUGUAUAUAAUUUAGUUUGGCUAAUUUAAUUUAAAUACAAUUACAUUUACACUUUAUAUUGUAUAAUUUAAAUAAAUAACUCAGAUCUAUAGUGAUUUAAUCCAACAUAAUGUAAAAUUGAGUGAGUAUAAUUUCAUUUUAAUAUAAAAAUGCUGUUCUUGCCCCCUUCAAUCAGCAGUAACAUUAUUUGAUUAUUUUACUCUUCUCAUAUAAGAUCCUGGACACACAUUCCACGUGAAACCAUUUAAGUGGCCCUUUGUAAAAUCUUUUUGUCUGCUACAAUAAUUCUCUGUAAAGACUACAGUUAUCCUUUUGUUAAAAGUGGGUGUUCAGCAUCCAUGCCAAUGCAUAUAACACAGACAUCUAUGCACUCAUGUUAGAGGUCUGCUAGGUAUUUCUAAAACACUCAUCAUCGUAGUAGUACCUAGGUGGUAAAUAACUAAAAAUACAAAUAAAUAAUCAUUUUGGUGUCAAAUUGUGUUUGGGAGAAAAUUGUGCCACGUGAAAAAAAAAAAAAA